GACUCUGCUGAAGCUCUCUGGUCUCUCUCCUACAGUCUUUACAGAAGCUGUGGCUGCAUGACAAAACAACAGGAUCUUUAAAGAUGUCAUGGCAGACCGGACAAGAAAGAUCCUUUUCUGACUGAGAAGACAUUUGAAGGGGCGAAAUGAGGAGGUGAAGAAACCUGCUGAGUUCAUGUUGCAGAGGGUGGAGAAGGAGAGCUGGCAACAGGACGAAUCAGGAGGGGAGAGUGAAGGAAAAAAUAUAACAGAGUAGAAGAAGCAGGAGUCCAGUGCUGAGGAGCAGAAAGAAGGAAUGAGAUGAAAGUCUAGACGGUUAAAUUGCUGUGGGCUGUGGAGAGCCGGCGGAGCAGAGCGGCGGCAGGAGCGCCGGUGGGCGGGGAGAGAGGAAGUGUGGUCGACAGGAGAGGAAUUUAAAGUCCCAUUGUUCUGGAAGAGCGGAGGCAGAGAGAGCUGAAGAGUCAAACCACCGACGGACGCUGGACAACAUGGAUGUGAGCUCAGCCAUGGAGAAGGUUGUUGGUUUCACGUAGUGGACUAACUUUAGCGACUGUUGCUCCAACCUGAGUCCUACACAAAGUAAUCCACAGUCCAGCAGCAUCAAACAACAAUCAACUUGUGCAAUGACUUCUAUAGAGGACUGCGACAGACGGAUGUCAGUAAAGCAGAGUGCGGGAGGUGCAGCAGUGUGUCUCGUUUGUGACGGGAGCUGCUCUGGAUUCCAGCCACAUUCUUGGAGGAAAGCCUGUAUCACCUGCGGCUGCAGCACGGCCGACCACGCUCCUGGAGGCGACGUUGAAGAUGACCAGCGAAUGGGACGCCUGCUCGCAGACUCACCCUGCGCCCAUUUGACAGCGAAGGUUAAAGGAGGCGGUGGCCUUCGCAUGUACAAGAGGAACCGCAUGAUCGUGACCAAUCCUGUGGUGUCGCGUAAGGACCCGACCUUCAACACCACCACGUAUGAUUGGGCGCCGCCCGGCCUCAACCAGACACUGGCCAUGCAGUACAUGGAGCUCAUCCCAGAGAGUCAGCGUCCGGUCUCGGGGACAGUCGGAGCAUUGGAGCGUCGCAGGCAGCUCUUCAGUCAGCUCCCCGUCUACGAUCAGGACCCCAUGAAGUGUCAGAGCCUCGCCAGUGAGGAGGAGAUCUCCUCUAUGCUGCUGUUUGUGAAGCAAUACAAACAGGAGGUGCUGGGAGUCGGGGAGGUGGCCUUACCCGGUGAGGGCGGAGCUCUGAGGGAAGCGGCCAUUCAGAGGACAGCAAAGGAGGCCAAGGACCGCAGCAACAGCAACAAGAAGGAGGCUCUGGACCACGGGAACCACGGCUCGACCAACCUCAGCACCGCUGCCGCUGCUGGUUCCACUAACGGAACAAAUGACAGCACGAAGUCUGAAUAUCGCUGUACUGGUUGCCAAGGUGAGGUUGCCAAGGACACUCCAGCUGUCCACGCUGAGCGUGCAGGUUACCAUGGCGCCCUGUGGCAUCCCACCUGCUUCAAAUGUUCAGAGUGUGGCCAGGGAUUGGUGGACCUGGUCUACUUCUGGUCCAAUCAGAAGCUGUUAUGCGGAAGACACUAUUGUGAGACGGUCUGGCCGCGGUGCUCGGGCUGUGAUGAGCUGAUCUUCUGCCAGUCGUUUCACUCGACAAAAGAUGGACGGACGUGGCAUCAACAUCAUUACUGCUGCUGGAAGUGUGGCCAAAGCCUGGAUACACCCUGUCAGCACUGAGACACACAGCGCACAACUCAACACUAUAUGGUUUUAAGGAGUUUAAGCACAGCGGAGACAGUGAAUGCAAUUAAAAUCAUAGACAAAAAUAUUAUUACAGUAAAUAUUGACAGUGAGUGGUUGGCUUGUUUUAUAUAAAACAAAAGAGCUAAGUACCAGAUAAAUUAUAGCAAAUGUGUUUGGUUGACGUUUAAUAUUCACAAUACUGAAUCUUACAAAGAAAGUACGUCCAGUUGAUAUAUUGAUGUUUAAAAUACUUAAGCCAACUAACUGGCAUUGAAGUACUCAGAGACUUGUUGAGUUUGAGCCUACUGGUGUUUCAAGCACUUGAUGAAAUGUUUAGUUGACACAAAAGUGUUUAAAGUACUUAAAGAAUCAUUUGUUUGACUUAUUAGCACUUAAAGCUCUGACAGUGACCGGAGCCAGAUGUGCUGGUUUCAUCCUGCACAAACUGCAGUUUACAGGACGAAGAGCCAAACCUGACAGAUUAGGAAACAAAUGAGACAAUGAUGAAAACAAAAAAAGAAGGAAGAGAAAUAAAUGUAUCUGUAAACACAACAACUCUCAACUCAAGGUCCUUCUUGAACCUUGAACCAGGUUCCAGACAUUUCAACCAGCCUGCAUCAGCAGUUAUUACAGAAGUGUUGAUGUUCAAAGUCAUUAAUCACUGUUAUUUGUUAUUUUCUGUCCCAUGUCGGGUCAAGAGUCAAGCUUGAAACUACAUUCUUGACCUUGUUUGAUAAAACAGCCUCGACUUGUGGUACAAGCUUGGGAACUUUUUGCACCAUCUUUAUCAUUUGGAAAGGUUUCAACAUCUACAUCAUCAACAUCGACAUCUCUGUGUCGACUAAUUCCAUCUGCAGGGGUCAUGAAGAGACUCAAGGAUAGAUUAUAUUUAUUUUACUCAUAUCAUGGGAUUAAUUUUGUCCUGGACAAAGAGUUUUCUCAGCUUUUCUGAUCCUCCCAUGUCAUGAAGUUACUUACUUUUGGAGUCAUGAAAGUUUUAGUAGCAGGUCCAUGAAGGGUCCAUAAAACCUGAUUAUUUUGAAUCGGUCGACUACAAAAACUUUUUUUUUGUUUCCUUAAAACAGGUGAAAUAACAUGCCAGUGCAGUGAGAGUGUUUUAACAUAUUUUCAAUUGUAAAAAUUAGCUUAUUAUUUGUAUUAAAUUGGAAUUCAUUCCAAUUCAGGUUUGAAUCUGUGCAGUUUUCUCUUGUUAACAAUUAUUUCAGAUGAUAUAAUCUAAAAACUGUUUGACUCAAACUUCAGAGAACUGGACGAGCAGAAGGCUGGAAAAGGCAAAUAACUAAUUAGUAAUUAAUAGUCGGCUUGUUUCUUUAUAGAUAACUAGAUUGUGCAGUCGUGUUUCUGUUGUUCUUAUUGCACAAGUAGAAAGUUUGUAUUUAAUGAUCAUUAGCCGAAUAUGUCACUCUCCUCUCUUUAGUAUCUGCUUCAUGUGUUAUUUUAGGCAAACUGCUAUUUCACAUUUAACCUCUGACAUGAACAUGAAUCUCUGCUGCUGCUAAAUGCUGCUUUAUGAUAGAACACUUUUGACUGCAGAUCUGUGGCUGCAAGAUUAUUAUAUUUGCCUUAAAAAAAACUUAACAAAAUGCUCCUUUGUUUUACUUUUUGCUCCGUGACAUCACAUGUGUCAAUACAAUCAGCCUGCAUUGCAUGAGCAAACGUAAGCUUGUGGGUUUUUUUUUUAUAAUUAAGUUGCUUUUUGAAUUUAUUGCAGCUCACAAGAUGCUAAUUCUUAACCUAGAAACAAGGACAACAUUAUAGCUAGCAGUUUAGUUUGAUGUGAUUAGCUAAAUCUGUAGCAUAGACAACAAUUAUGUUCAAUAUGGUGUCAUCUGUGACAGACAAGAUAGCAGAAUUAAACAAUAUCAUUAUCAAGUUGAGUACUGAUGGUAAUUUUUGUUCAAUACGUGUUUAGCCUAGCAUAGCACAAAAACUGGAAGUAGGGGAAACUGCUAGCCUAGCCUAGCGUAGUCGUGAGGUGAAACUGUGGAUAUGACAUAUUGAGAUAAUAUUUUGUUAGGUUAAGAUGAUAAACAAGGAUUUCUAAAAAUAAUAGAGUGCUCACAAGGAAAUUCGCCAACAUAUAUUUUUUUUAUUAUUUAAUGUGCAGAAAUUAAGAAAAAAAAACAAACAUAAACUGUCAGAUUGACACAUUCAGGACCUUCUUGAGCAGCUGCCUGUAGGUCUAUUAAACUGAAACAGCUCAUAUUCUGUGUUCAGAAUUGAUAUUGUUCAACAUUCACGAUGAGGAGUCACAGAUUAAAUGUUAAAGUCCACUAUGAAUUCAAAACAGUGUGCAGUAAUUGUGAUUUGAAGAUAACGAUCAGUGAUUUGACAUAUUAAGACAUAUUUUCAGCAGUCAUGGAGUUUGAUAUUAAAAGUUUUGAAGUGAUUGUAUCCUCACCUGCAGGGAUUAAUGAUAAUCUGACACCAGUUGAUGUUGUAAAUUCAUCACAGAUUGGAGGAAGUUAAGAGAUUUUUCUGCUGAUUGUGUUUUGAAAGCCGAUUGGUUGGAAUUAAAAGUUACCUCUGAUUGAA